AUGAGGGAGCUGCCGCGGCCCUACCCCAGGCGCACCGCCAACAGCGGCCAAAGCAGCAGCCUAGUCGCCACGAUGAGUGAAAUGCAAACUGACGCGGACUACAUGCAGCAACUCAGGUGGAACAUAAAGACCAAGGUGGACAUCCUAAUGAGCAAGCUAUUCCCCAUAACGAAAAAAAUAGAGGAAAAGAGAUUUAUAGUCAUAAUAGAAAAAAAAAAAAAUUAUGAUAACUUCCGAUGCCCCAUAUGCAUGUUGAUCCUGUACAAGCCAGUGAGAACAAAAUGUGGCCACAUGUUUUGCAAGGAGUGUAUAGACUCCGUUUUAAAAAAAUUCGACUACUGCCCCAUGUGCAGGGAAAACAUAAAGGACUUCAAAUUGGCCCACGUGCGGAAUAGCUGCUUGGGCAAGGAGUACACAGAUAUAAAAAUCAGGUGCUGGCGGUGCAAGGAGGUUACAGAUAUAGAGCAUUAUGAGGCCCACCUGCAGAGGCACUUGGAUGAUGGGGAUGGUGGAAGAAAUAGCUUCUGGGGUGGGAGUGGCGUCCCUACCUGCCUCGUCACCGGCGCCACCCCGGGAAGCGCCUCAUGUCUAGGGGCAACCCUACAAGGUGACUCGACAGACCCGCUCCUUCGAGCGCUAAGCCCAUUCCUCAACAAACGAAUGAACGUAGCAAAUAGGGACGAAUUCGUGGAAGCUGUGAGGGAGAACCACCUCAACACAGACAUACACAGUGUGCAUCUGCUGUUUGGGAAAAGGGCCGAAAGGGAACCUCCCAAUGGGAGGGAACCCGGGUUAAGGAGUUCUUAUGGAAGCCAAAGUGGGAACCCAAAAAUAUGUCGAAGCAGGAACCCAAGUGAAGAACACUGCGAAAUGAUCAGCAUGGAUCACAUCACAUGGGAUGCAUUCAUCCUUGUGCAAAUAAAAAGGGAGAAAAAGAAGCAAAGGUGUAAAGUAGACGUACCAAACGACGAUAAAGCAUACAGUUCUGUGUUGCCCCCUCCAACUGGGGACCUGAAAGGAGAAGACAAAUGGGAGGACUCCCCCCCGGAUAGGAAGGAUCGCCCUACGCAACUUAGCAGGAGGGAUGUCCUAUACACAUCAGACAGUUUUGAAGCUUACCAAAAGAGGAAAUUAAAAAAAAAUAAAACGAACAGGUAUUUUUAUGUCCUCCUGGAGUACAACACGAGGGGGUUGUUUUUCACCCCCAUGAAAAAUAUUCCCCUGUUUAAAGAUAUGCACAUGGAGAGGAGUGUCACUUAUAGGCGUACAGACAGGAGUGCAGGCAGAAGUGCAGACAAGCGGGGCGAAGCGCAUGACGUGGGGGGGGGAAAAGGGGACCCCCCUGCCCCCGACGAGCAGCUAAUUGACGUCCUAGUCCAGCUGAAUGAAAAAGUAAAAUCCAAAACCUACCACAAGUACCGGUACAAUGCCGUUCACCUAUUUCAUGAGUUUGCAAAUUGGUACUGCAGUAACGAACGGGGAGAUACUCAAAUGGCUGUAAAAAGAACCCAUUUUAAGAACCCCCACCUGGAAGAUCCCGAAUUGAUGCUUCUCCUCUUUUAUUUGAAAUACGAAUGUACCAUGCCGGGAAACGUCGACUACGGUGCUAUGUAUUCCUGUGCAAAUUUUUUAAGCAAACUGAUGAGCCCCUCGAAAGAAGCUCACCAAGCUGUGUUCGUGACGGGUGUGUACACAUAUAAGGAGAGUACACCCCCUCGGGGGAAGCGCCGUCCGGGGGGGGAACACACAAGAAAGUCAAAUUCGCUUGCAGGCGUUUCAAACAUCUCCUUAAGAAAGGCAGACAUCAACGUUCACUUUGUGCUCCGCGUGCGGCGGGGGAGGCAACAGGCAAGAUUAGCGGCAAGAAUAGCGUCAGGCGUAGGGGCAGAGGCAGAGGCAAACCAGCACCAAGUGACGGCCCAACCCAACGGACACCUACACCAUUGUGAUGACGCCGCGGAUGUGUGCUACCUUCAGCUCUCCUACUCUGAGACGGGCUUCCAGUGGGACGUCAGCGAGUCGCUAGAAUUUUUAAAGGCCAAAAAAAAUGUGCCUUACAAAGAGAUGAGUGUCUUUUUUAGCAUCGACAGAUUGAUACUGUGCCUUUUCAACGUGCGAAGGAAGAAGUACAGCCCCCUAUUUUGGAACUCCGCCCACCUGCUGCAGUACCUCUUGCACUUUUGCGCCGACUGA